CCUGGAACAACAGUCAUAAAUACUACAACAGCUGGAACUACAGUGGUAGAUACUACAAUACCUGGAACAACAGUCAUGAAUACGACAACACCUGGAACUACAGUGGUAGAUACUACAACACCUGGAACAACAUUCAUGAAUACUACAACACCUGGAACUACAGUGGUAGAUACUACAACACCUGAAACAACAGUCAUGAAUACUACAACACCUGGAACAACAGUCAUGAAUAUUACAACACCUGGAACUACAGUGGUAGAUAUUACAACACCCGGAACGACAGUGGUAGAUACUACAACACCUGAAACAACAGUCAUGAAUACUACAACACCCGGAACAACAGUCAUGAAUACUACAACACCUGGAACAACAGUGGUAGAUACUACAACACCCGGAACAACAGUCAUGAAUACUACAACACCUGAAACAACAGUGGUAGAUACUACAACACCUGAAACAACAGUGGUAGAUACUACAACACCCGGAACAACAGUAAUGAAUACUACAACACCUGGAACAACAGUGGUAGAUACUACAACACCCGGAACAACAGUCAUGAAUACUACAACAUCCGGAACAACAGUGGUAGAAACUACAACAUCCAGAACUACAGUGGUAGAUACUACAACAUCCAGAACUACAGUGGUAGAUACUACAACAUCCAGAACUACAGUGGUAGAUACUACAACAACCGGAACUACAGUGGUAAAUACUACAUCAACCGGAACUACAGUGGUAUAUACUACAACACCCAGAACAACAGUCAUGAAUACUACAAUACCUGGAACAACGAUUACGAGUACUACAGUGACAGUUGUAUCAGCAAUAGACAUGUCGGUUGAAUUGAAGAUGGAUUUUAUAGAGGAGUACAACAAUCCAGACAGUCCUGAAUACAAAAUCCUUUCAAGAAAUAUCACUGUAUUGCUUGAGCAGCAGUAUCGCAAACUGGAUGGCUUCUUUAGUGUUUCUGUGACAAAAUUCAGGAAAGGAAGUGUUGUUACAGAUUUUACUGUCAAGGUCAAAUCUGGAUCACUUGAUGCGACUGCACUGAAUUCAGUCAAUUCAAAUCUCCCGACAGCAUUGAGAUCAAUUGCUCCUGUUAUUGGCUCAGUGACUGCAAAGUACUACAGUUCAACUCAUCUUGGGUCAGAUGUAAAUAAGUUCAUUUAUACUGGUCAAACCAUGACACUGACAUGUGACCCUACCGAGGCCAAAAUGGGAAACAGUAAGAGUCCUGUAUGGAAAUUUAACAAUGUUGUAAUCGGGUCACAUCGGCACAAACCGUUUAUUUCUGGAAGUCAGUACAAGCUGGCAGUGGAAAACGUUAUUCUUGGUGAUGCUGGAAAUUAUGAAUGCUCAGUGCCAGGAGACACUAUUACUUUCAUCCAAGACAGAAAUGUGGGAACAAAUGAGAUCAUAUCAGCUCCUAAUGUGCGAGUCCAACAAACAAUGUUGGCGAAAUGCAAUGAGGGACAAAAACAACCAGUCGUCUGCUGUGUGCAGUCCCCUUAUACUGUCAGGUGGUAUGAUGGUUCAACGCUUUUAACUUCAGUUGCCGGUGCAGAUACAGGCUGCAUCAAGUAUGAAUAUCCAAUGCAAAGCUGCAGUGUACAAACAAAACUAUUCACAUGUAAAGUUGCUGAAGACGAGACUUAUAGCGCAACAACAACCCUGACGAUUUUUACAGAUCCUAUUGUAUGUAAGAAUGAUGUGUAUGGGUCUGGACGAACCGGUGACAAAGCAACCGCAAUGUGCCCUGUUGGCUUGGAGGGGCACAAGAGUGCAGUGUGUCAGGCAUCAGGAGAAUGGAAACUUGUGGAGGACUCCUGCAUUGUAACCAAGAUCAAUGAAUUACUUAUUAAUUCAGUGGAUCUGAAGGAAGAAGAGAUUCAGGUAUUUUCAACAAAUCUAAGUACGGUUGUCACAGAAGAGAAGAAGAAAAUUUCACAAUCUUCGGCAACAAUAUCAGCUAUUGUUAACAUAUUAAAUAUAAUCGCAGAGGUUUCAAAAGUGGUUACUAAAGACGUUAUGAAGAAUGUGCUAGCUACUGUCGAUGUCCUCAUUAGUGAUGAUGCAAAAGACUCCUGGAACUUUCUGAACUCAAAUGAAACCCAAAAUUCUAGCUCAGCACUUCUUGGCUCAAUGGAGACAAUCUCUAACAAACUGGAUGGAAAUUUUACUUUAAGUACUGAACGUAUCCAGAUGGGCAGGUCCAAAUUCAGCAACUCUUUCAGUGAUGCCUUGACCUCCAAUGUCUCCAUAAACCUUCAAAAUACAGGCCUCAGUGACGUCUUUAUAACCACGAUUGUUUUCUCCACCCUCCACAACAUUAUGCCGUCACGGAAUUCUUCGUUUAACCUUACUGCGUCUGACACCACCAGCAAUGAAACUAAACCUGACAAUGCCAUCAAUGCUGCUGUCCUGCUUGUAAAAUUAAAUGAAAACAUUCAGAACGUCACUCUGAGCUAUGAAAAGUUCAAUACCACUCUGGAACUGAAUCCUCAGUGCGUCUUCUGGAAUUUUAGCCUCUUAGAUAAUCUUGGUGCCUGGGAUGACCAGGGCUGUAGGUUUGUUUCUGAUAUAAACAAUACUGUAACCUGCACCUGCAACCAUCUCACAUCGUUCUCAAUUCUUAUGUCAACUGCCAUCCCUGAAGAACUACGAUUAUUACUGGAUAUAAUGACAUAUAUCGGCGUUGGAAUAUCAAUGAUCAGCUUAGUUAUUUGUCUCAUCAUUGAAGGAAUUGUAUGGCGACCCCUUACCAAAAACAGCACUGCCUUUAUGCGCCAUGUUGCCAUUGUUAACACAGCCCUGUCCUUGCUGAUUGCUGACAUCUGUUUCAUCAUUGGGGCCGCUAUUUCAAAGAACCCCGCAGAAAACCCAGGCGAGGACUACAAAGUUCCAGUUGGACCGUGCAGUGCAGCGACCUUUUUCAUGCACUUUUUCUAUCUCGCCAUGUUCUUUUGGAUGCUUGACUCAAGCCUGCUGCUCUUGUACCGGUCAGUCUUGGUCUUCUCCCAAAUGUCCAAAUGGACCAUGUUCGCCAUUGGCUUGACUGUGGGAUACGUUUGCCCUCUGAUCAUAGCUGUUACUACAGUUGCUGCCACUGCACCUGGGGGUGGAUAUGUAAGGGAAGAUCUAGCUUGUUGGCUAAACUGGACAAAGACCAAAGCCCUCCUGGCCUUAGUGAUCCCUGCCUUGGCCAUAGUUGUGUUCAAUAUUUUGGUCAUUCUGGUGGUUUUGUACAAGAUGCUCAGAAGAAGAAACACAAACCAGGCAGACGAGAAACACGCCUUGGUAGUGAUUCUAAGAUGUGUGGCUAUACUGAGUCCACUAUUCGGACUGACCUGGUGCUUGGGAAUUGGAACCAUGGUGGACCCAACAAAUGGAGGGAUCCAUGUUGCUUUUGCUUUCUUCAAUUCCUUACAGGGUUUCUUUAUUUUGGUGUUUGGGACUCUGUUUGAUUCCAAGAUCCGUUCCCUGAUAUUAAGAAAAAUACCAGCUCUAAGCACGACCUCUAAUCGAACAAGAAGCACCAGUGGUGGAACUUCAGCUCUGAGUAGCGUUUUUGGUCGACUUCGCAGAGGAAGGAAUGGUUACCAUGCUUCACCGGUUGGAAACUCAAACACCAGCAGUAGUGGAUCAGAGGCAUUUUCCAACACCUGAUUCUGUACAAAUAAUCUGUUCACUUGUAAAGCUGAAAUGUAUCUUAUCUUUGUUAUUUUCAUUCAAUCACAUAUACAGGUGUGAUAUCUUGAAUGUGAGGUUCAGUGGCAAUAAUUUGUGAAGGAAACUGUGAAGUAGCAUUUUAAUUAACUUGUAUGUCUUUAAAUAUAUAACGCUGCUGUUAAUUUUAAUUAUAAGUGUAAAAUCACAGUGUUAUGGUUUGCAUGUGCAAUUCAAAGAGCAUCAUAAGGGGAAAAUUCCCCCCAAAAUAAGAUGAUUAUAAAAGAGUUAAUUGGGAAAUAUAUUUACUAUUCUGUGACAUCACAGGAAUAUCAGUACUUUAAAAUAUUUAUGUGCAGAGAUAAAUGGAGUCUUGUAAGCAAAGAGAUCUAUGAAUCUUCUAUCAAGAGUAAUGGGCCAAAGUUCUAGCAAACUCUUACUAGAAGAUUUCAGAAGGAAAUCCAAAACACUUGACUCAAAAAAAAAAUCUACCUAAUACUGUGGAAAUACACUGAACAAAAAUAUAAACGCCCCAUAAGAGUUUUAUGAAUAUUUGGAUUACGCAAUAUAUAGAGAAAAUCAAAGUAUAUUUUCAGUAAUUAUUGAUCUUCGUAUCAGCAUUGACAACAUCGUGGUUUGGCCAUUUGUGGCAGAUUGACAGUCCUUUGAACAUGAUCGGGGUCAGUUUGAGGAAUUUGAUGUUGACCCAGUUGGUUUCUCAUAGGCGGUUACAGACAGUCUGAGGUGUGAUGUGUCUGUUGAGCAGACCUAUAGUCUGAUGAGCUGCGUGUGCCGCUGGUCUUGGCCAGUUCUGCAGGUUGACGAGCCGGAUGUGGCGAUCUUGUGCUGGAGUGGUCACAAGUGGCCGACAAGGAUGAGGUCGACUUGAAGGAGUGCCAGUCUGUUGAAAACAAACUCUUAAACGGCCAGUGGUCUAAUAAUGGACAUUGAGCCAGGCAGCUACUACUCUGCUAGACAUCCCUGCAUGCAUUAUGACUUGUGACAAAAUUUGACAUUUUGGGGUGGCCUUUUAUUGUCCCCAGUCCAAGGAUUGUCCAGUUGUUGCUCAUUUUGUCUGAUCACCCAUUGGACAUGCCCCACCCAUGCACUGAGUAAAAAAUCAACUCACAGAGUAAUGCUCACUGACAGCAAGUUGGAUUAAAAAUUAUUCAUAAAUCAAGAAAAAUAUUACUUUUGUACAAUUAAAAUGUCAGAUAAUGCUCAUUUACAGGUAACUCCACAUGGAAACAAUAUUGGACAUGAGGCGUUUAUAUUUUUGUUCAGUAUAUAUGUGAACUUGUGACUUUGAAGAAAGUAAUAAAAAAAUUUAAAAAAUG